AUGGUGCAGAUGCAGGAAGAUGAGGCCAUAUGCAGUGAGCGGAGAGAUCUCCAGCGCCUCCAGCUUGAUCAGGUGUACGCAACAGUCAGGCCAUCUGCUGUACAUCGGCCAGCAACUCCACGAGAUAUUACCUCUGCUGGUGAGGGUGUUGCAAGCCAGCCAACCUCCACCCAAAACACUACCUCUUCAAGCCCAGUUUCCAGCGCAGGGAAGGAGGAUACAUGCCAGACUGUAAAGGACUUUUUUAAAUGGCUUAUUGCGCAGCAACCAGCGGAGGAUCGUGGGCCAUACGAGGCAGCACAGCGCGUGGUGAUUGAGGAGAUGUGGACUAUUAAGGACCUAAAAGAUAUGGCGAAGUUGAAGAGCGAUCUACACGAUCUGGCGGUUAAUCGAUACAAAUUAAAGGAUGGAGUAGUACGCCAUUUCAAAGAGGAGCUUCGGCACUUCAAGAGUGUAUAUCGUACAGCUAGUAGUUUGGUAGAAAUAGGCACGAAUUUGGGCACUGAAAGUAGGUAG